UCAUGCAUUCAAACGUGUAUUUGAAUAGAGCUAUCCCUUUGCUUUUGAACUGCAGAAUUCAAAAGUCCUCUAAAUGAAAAAAAAAAGGAUGAGAGUCAGAAAAUGAAAAAAAAGUGAACAUCUGUUGACUACAUCACGGGCCCCAAGGUAGGAGCCACAGGCUAUGAUGUAGGGGCCACCGUGUGGUGCAAAGUGGUGCUGCCUACCUGAGAUUAACAGUCAUGGCAGGGCUCAAAUGAACAAGCCACAUUUGAGAGAGAGAAAAAAAAGCAAAACAUCCCUGUGGAUUAUGGCCAUUUCGGAAGUGUUUUUCUGUGAUAAUAAAUAGGGACGUUUCUGCGCAGCCUAUCGGAUUCCGGGAUGCAAUACGCAUCCAAAUGAAAAGAACGCCAGUCCUUUCGCUAAUCCUUGUAUAUCCUUUUUAUCUCGGGACUCAUAGCAGUCUGAUCACUAUGGGACAGGGGAGCGGUGGGACAAAGCCAUGCAGAUGAUAUUCCUGUAAAUGAGAGAAAAAGAGCAAGUCUGUUUGACUUCAGCGGGCGCAAAACGGGCGCAUGUAGCUGCGUAUGCGUAAAAGUGGGCCAACAUGUUCCUCGUUCUGCUCCUGGGGCUCUACGUGGCCACAGGUGAACUUGUCUCCCCGGUGAGCUCCUGCCCAUCGCAGUGCAGCUGUUUUUACCACAACCUGAGCGACGGAUCAAAGGCCAGGAGCGUGAUUUGCAAUGAUCCCGAGAUAUCUCUGGUGCCUGUCGGGUUCCCUGCGGACACGUCCAAGCUGCGGAUUGAGAAGACAGCCAUCCAGCGGAUGCCAAGCGAAGCCUUUAACUACCUCUCCAGUCUGGAAUUCCUGUGGAUGUCUUUCAACACCCUGUCCGCCUUGAACCCGGACAGCUUCCGGGGACUGUUCAACCUGGAAGAGCUUCGAAUCGACGGGAACGCACUCACCGCCUUUCCCUGGGAAUCUAUCAUGGACAUGCCCAGCCUCAGGCUUCUCGAUUUGCACAACAACCAGCUCACCUCGCUGCCCGCGGAGGCCACCACGUACAUCAGGAACCUCACCUACCUGGAUCUGUCCAGCAACAACCUGCUGACCCUGCCCGCAGAGGUGCUGUCCACCUGGCUGGUGGUGAAACCAGCGCAGGGGCCGGAGAGCUCCAAAAUGAUACUUGGUCUCCACGACAACCCCUGGGUGUGUGACUGUCGGCUCUACGACCUGGUCCAGUUCCAGAAGUCGCCGACUCUUUCGGUGGCAUUCAUCGACACGAGGCUCCGGUGUUCAGCCCCGGAGAGUGUGUCGGGGGUGCUGUUCAGCGAUGCAGAGCUGCGCCGCUGUCAGCUCCCACGAAUCCACACCGCGGUGGCACGGGUCCGCAGUGCCGUCGGGAACAAUGUGCUGCUCCGUUGUGGCACCAUUGGAGUCCCAAUCCCGGACCUGACAUGGCGCAGGGCCGAUGGACGAGCCCUCAAUGGAACGGUCCAGCAGGAAACCUCAAAGGAAGGAAUCACCUGGUCCAUCCUCAGUGUCCCGGCUGUGUCCUUUCGUGAUUCAGGGAAAUACACCUGCAAGGCCACUAACUACGCAGGGAAUGCCGAGGCUGUUAUUUCUCUCAUCGUUUCUAACUCGCCAAAGCAAGAGGGGAACCAAACCAGCAAUGACAAGAAAGCCAAGGCCAAGAAACCCAACCAGAUGGGCAAAGCCGCCUACCAGGAGAAAUUGGUGGCCAGAUAUGUGGUCCCAACCUCCACCCCAUCCUCUCUGCCCGCCCUGGAUCCUGACCUACCACCCGGGCUCGGUCCUGAACCUGGAUUAGGCAGUUACAGCCCGGCUGACAGAGCAACACCAGGGCCUGCAACCUCCUCCAACCCAGAUGCGCUGCUGGAUCUGGAGAAGACAAACCUAAGCAACUUGGCGGCCAACACCUCGUCGCUGCAGCAGGACCCGGACAGGGUGGUCCGCUCAGUAAAGGUAGUGGGGGACACAGACAAUACGAUUUCCCUUAACUGGAGAGCCCCUAAAGCUAAGAACACGACAGCAUUCAGUGUGCUGUACGCUGUUUUCGGAGAGAGGGACAUGAGGAAGAUCAAUGUUGGGGCGGGACAGAACCGUGUAACCAUCGAAGGGCUGGUGCCCAGGACCAAGUACAUUGCCUGUGUGUGUGUGAGGGGGCUGAUCCCCAGGAAGGAGCAGUGUGUGAUAUUUUCCACUGAUGAAGCAGCCAGUGCCACUGGCACCCAGAGGCUGAUUAACGUGAUUGUGAUCACAGUGGCCUGUAUCAUCGCGGUCCCGCUCACUGUCAUCGUGUGCUGCGGGGCGCUGAAGAGGCGCAUUCAGAAGUACUGGGGGAAGAAGUCCAAGGACAUCCAAGAUUCAUAUGUGACAUUUGAAACCCUGUCACCCGGCACAAAGGCCAAAGGGCUGGAGGGCGAGUACUUGAACAGACUGAACCCAGAGGAGUCCAACAGGCUACUGUCAGCUCGCUCCAGCCUGGAUUCUGAGGCCACGGCCAAGAUAGAGGGACAGCCCAACGAGUACUUCUGCUGACGUCAUGCUCCAGCUCCGGCUCCUCCGCCACGGUAUCUCCCUCGCACUCACCCGCAUCCGCGUCCCAGUCCGCACCCCAAUCAACAUUUGCAUAGCCACCAUCGCCCACCCCCCCACC